CCUCGCCAACUCGGCAGCACCGACAACUGCGUCUACUGGCCUUCAUGGAUCAACACACCAGCCGCUGACAUCACCGGUACCCUGAUGCUCGUCGUGGACAGUGCCGAAGACGAAGCUAUCAACGGCCUUCUCGCUCAACAGUUCGACAUUGUCUUCCCUUCCAAGGUACUACCUCUUCUCGCCGUCGAUCUGCGCGCAUCGCGCAGCUUUGCUCGUGCGCCCGUUCGCUGCAGAGAUGGCAUAGCGAGGUUGGGUGUCCAGGCGCAGGAUACCCUGCGCAUCUGCCGCGACAAAAACAAUGGGCAUAUUUUGAUCAAUCCGUCUGAGAACAAGACAACGCUGGUACCGGAGCUGUACAAGCAUGCGAUUGAUGGACAGGAUCAAGAGGGUGUGUAUCUUGGGUGGGGAAAUCAGACGACGUGGGGGUUUAGGUACCAGGACGCGGUGUGUGGGGCCGAUGGAACAAGUACAAGGGAUUAUUAUGAGGUUAAACUUUUGGGGCUGCCUGAUAGUGAAGAUGACAGUGCUGGAUAUCCGAUCAGCUUCAAG